AUGUCUCAGAAAUCUAAUUACUUUUUAUAUUGGGCAGUACUUUCAGUAAACUUUUUGACCAUUAAUAUAUCCAGUCUAUUUUCAUGGACAUCACCGACUAUACCAAAACUAUACAGUAACGAUACAAGUAUCAAUCCUUUGGGUAAACCAAUAACAGCCGUGGAAGAGUCAUUGAUUGCUUCUUUACCUAAUAUUGGAUCUAUUGUAGGAACGAUUGUAUCAGGACUACUAGCCGAGAAACUUGGUCGCAAAAGAACUUUAAUCCUUAGUAGUGUGCCAUUUUUUGCAUGUUACAUAUUAAUAGCCAAUGCCUCAAAAUUUUAUUUGUUUGCGAUUGCCAGAUUAAUAAUCGGAUUUGUUGGUGGAAUUGCUUUAACUAUUUUGCCAAGUUAUGUAGCAGAAAUAUCAGAAGAUUCAAAUCGAGGUAUUUUAGGUUCUAUAUUUGGAAUUAUGAGUGCUAUGGGUCAUGUUUGUUCGUUUGUCAUAGGUCCUUUAAUAAGCAUUCAGUCAUAUGCAUAUUUCCUUCUAGUUCCUGUAACCAUAUUUUUAGUAACUUUUGUACCAUUCAUUCCAGAAAGUCCUUAUUAUUAUAUGAUGAAAAAUGACACUAAUGAAGCUGAGAAAGUUUUAAAAAAACUUCGUAAAAACUCUGAUGUUAGUAAAGAACUACUUCACAUACAAGAAGUGGUAUAUACGUCUAAAUGUCAAAAGGUAAAUUGGAAAGAAUUAACCAUUGCUCCCACUCGAAAUGGCUUGAUGGCUUGUUGCGGACUACUUCUAUUUCAACAAUUUAUGGGAAUUCCAUUUAUUUUGCUUUAUUUACAACCAAUUCUCGAUGCUAGUGGAAACAUAAUCCCUUCCAACCUAGCUUCGAUAAUUAUAGGUUUUGUGCAGUUAGCACUUUGCACUGUUUCAACUAUAGUAAUAGAUCGUGUUGGUAAAAAAAUUCUUCUUCAGAUAUCUUCCAUAGGCAGCAUUGUAUCUUUAGUAGGUUUGGGUAUGUACUUUUAUCUUCAAAGUAACAAUUACAAUGUAAAUCCAAUAUUUUGGUUACCACUGGCAAGCCUUAUUAAUUUUUAUGUUUUUUUCAAUAUUGGUUAUGCUACGAUACCUUGGACUAUUGGAGGAGAACUGUUUGCUACGAAUGUAAAAUCUAUCUGUGUUAGCAUUGGUUCCUUUGGUGCUCUUAGUUUAGGGUUAAUAAUCGUAGCUGCUUUUCCAUUUAUUCGGGAGGCAUUUGGUAUGAGUGGAGUUUUCUUUAUAUUCAGCGGAAUAGCUUCCUUAAGUAUUAUUUUUGUCUCAAUUUUUGUACCAGAAACGAAAGGAAAAAACUUUUUGGAAAUACAAAAUGCUUUAAGUGGAAGGCAAAAACAUGUUGACUAUAACAAACAGUAA